UGGGUGGUCGACACCAAAAAGUGAAUUCACUGAAUCUGACUAGAAAUAGAGAGAAAUGUAAGUUUUAUACUUGUCAUAUUUCACAACCAUCAGACCAAGUUGUCAGUACUGCAUGUUUAGUCCUGUAAUUAAGAGGCCAGCCUUUUUUGGCUUGAGUCUUUUAUGUUUUAAAUGGUGUUUAUUAAAUGCUAGCACUGUUAGCUUCGGGUUUAGCUGCUGAUUUAAUAGAGCCAUAUUUAACAAAGAUAGAUCAAUAACUAACUUUUUUAUAAUGCCUUAGUAAUGAUGAUACAUCGGUGUGAUCUUAUGCCUUUCAUUUAAGACAUUGAAGUAGGCAGCAGACUGACGCAUCACUGGCUGGGCGGCUUAUCCAGGCUUGGCCGAAAGUGAUGCUCUGUAAUAAGGAUGCUGAUCUUUUGUCUUUGCCAUUGUGGUGACUAUUUGUAAAGUCUAUGAUGUCGUCUGGCGCACUAUUCCCAAGCUUGGUGUCUGGAUCCCGGGGCUCAUCGAGCAAGUACCUGGUUGAGUUCAGAGCAGGGAAAAUGACCCUGAAGGGCAGCACUGUGACCCCAGAUAAGCGCAAAGGACUUGUGUACAUCCAGCAGACAGAUGACUCCCUCAUUCACUUCUGCUGGAAGGACAGAUCCACUGGCAAUGUGGAGGAUGACUUGAUAAUUUUCCCUGAUGACUGUGAAUUCAAAAGGGUUAAUCAAUGCACCACUGGCCGUGUGUUUGUGCUUAAAUUUAAAGCUGGCUCCAAAAGACUCUUCUUUUGGUUGCAGGAGCCUAAGAUGGAUAAAGAUGAGGAAUUCUGCAGAAAAGUGAAUGAAUACCUCAACAACCCACCAGUGCCUGGUGCCCUAGGGAGUGGAAGCGGUAGUAGUCAUGAGCUGUCUGCUCUUGGAGGAGAAGGUGGCCUUCAGAGUCUUCUUGGUAAUAUGAGUCACAACCAACUGUUGCAGCUCAUUGGACCAACUGGACUUGGUGGACUAGGGGGUCUGGGAGCUCUGGCAGGACCAGGCCUGGCCAGCCUGUUGGGAAGUGGAGUUCCAGCUACCAGCAGCUCGUCUUCAAGCUCUCGUAGUCAGUCCACUGCUGUCACUCCGUCAUCCAACUCAGCCACCAUACGGUUGGGCUCCUCCCAAGUUCCAACCACACCCACAACCCCAUCUGCAACAGUUGCAGCCUCACCCACAGCCACCACACCUGCAGGCCCUGCUGGCUCUGCUGGGGCCACCAGCCCAAACCAGCCCAUCCAGCUAAGUGACCUGCAGGGUAUCCUGGCUACAAUGAAUGUGCCUGCAACAGGGCAAGGAGUGGACCUCGCAAGUGUUUUAACCCCAGAGAUCAUGGCACCAAUUCUUGCUAACUCAGAAGUCCAGCAGAGGCUGCUGCCGUACCUCCCAUGCGGAGAAUCCCUCCCUCAAAGCACAGAAGAACUCCACAACACUCUUACCUCACCACAGUUUCAGCAGGCCAUGAGUUUGUUCAGCAGUGCACUUGCAUCAGGGCAGUUGGGGCCUCUGAUGAAUCAAUUUGGAUUGCCUGAAGAAGCUGUAGAUGCAGCCAAUAAAGGAGAUGUGGAAGCAUUUGCAAAGGCCAUGGAAGGCGAAGGCAAGUCUGACCCAGAGGAAGACAAGAAAGAUGAUGAGGAGGACAUGAGUUUGGAUUAGGAAACUCUCCAUUUGAGCUUCCUCCAUCAAAUUCUUUGUUUCUCUAGAUUUUCCAUAAUGUCACAUUGUCAAACUAACUUUCAUGUUUAAGGUGGUGUGUAAUUUUUUGGUUAAAAUACUUCCCCUGCCCAGUUUAAUGUGUAGAGACAACUAUAAGUAGGCCAGUUAUAGAUUUAUUUCCCCAAAGAAGGGUAAAUACUGUUGAGAGGCCCGACAUGUCAACGUCUGGCUCAGCCAAUGUGCUGAGUUUUGGGCAGGACUACCUAGGUUCAGGAAACUGGUUUAAAAACAGUUAUUAUUAUUGCAGUUCUGUUUGGUGCCACAAGUGGCACACCUAUAACCAGUUUUCUUUGUAUGCUGUGAAAACGUUCUCCAAAUAAAGAGACUUGAAUU